AGAGUACGCAACACCCGAUGCCGUGAAGUUGUUUACGAUACUCGGCUAACUUCAGUCGUAUUUUGAUGUCAACUGAACUAAAAAGUGCUGUGCGAAAAAAAAGUCAAAUCCGGAUGAAAACAAAGAAAUUACGAUGUCUAGACGUCAAAGAAAAAGCGAAAGAAGUCUUUGUACUCCAGAACAGUGGCUCAACGCUAAAACACGCGUUGAGGCAGGCGAAUCAAAGAGGUCAGUUGCUAAAUCCUUGGGGAUGCAUGAAGCCACCUUGCGUAAGAGGCUGAAGAGAUCCUCUCCAGCUGCAAGUUUGGGUAGGUACUCACAAACCUUUUCCAGUUAAAUGGAAACAGAGCUCUGCAAUUAUAUAAAAAAAAUAGAUAACAUGUUCUAUGGAUUAACAACUCAAAAAAUACGAGAAAUUGCUUAUGAUUUUGCUGAAAAGAAUGGAUUAGAACAUCGUUUCAAUAAAGAAAAAAAAAUGGCUGGUACAGAGUGGCUCCGACUUUUUUUGAAACGGCACCCAGAUUUGUCGUUACGAGCACCUACUUCCACCAGCGUCGCUCGUGCAAUAGGCUUUAAUAAGCCCCAAUGCGAUCGCUAUUUCGAAAAUCUGGCGAAAUUGUUAGACUCAUACAAGUUCCCUCCUCAUGCAAUUUAUAAUAUGGACGAAACCGGAAUUUCCACAGUGCCAAAUAAAGCUCCAAAGGUGAUAUCUAUAAAAGGGAAGCGUUGCGUGAACAAGAUUUCCAGUGCUGAACGUGGCAUCAAUGUAACCCUCGUGAAUGCAGUUAAUGCAGCAGGGAAUUUUAUACCACCAGCCUUCAUAUUUCCACGCAAACGUAUGAAGGCCGAGCUUUUGGAUGGAGCCCCACCUUCCUCUAUAGGAAUGGUGUCAGAUUCGAGUUACAUCAACAGUUCUUUGUUUGUCGAUUGGUUAUCUCAUUUUAAAUACCACGCAAAACCUUGCAAAGAUAAUCCAGUACUAUUAAUACUCGAUAACCACACGUCACACUGCACAUUAGACGCGGUCAAUUUUUUCCGGGAAAACCACAUUCACGCCUUGACAAUCCCUCCUCACAGUAGUCAUAAAACUCAACCACUCGAUCGCUGCAUCCAUAACAGCCUCAAAAUUUUUUAUGCAUCAGAGUGUGAAAAAUGGUUGCGUAACCAUCCUGGUCGAGUGAUAACCGUUUAUCAGAUUGCUCAAAUAUUGACUCCGGCUUACCUUAAAGCGGCUACCCCGGCAAAUGGCAUCCAGAGUUUCAAGAUAUCCGGAAUUCAACCGUUCAACCCGGACAUUUUUGGAGAAGAAGAUUUCUUAGCUAGUGCAGUGACAGAAAGACCACUGACAGAAUCUCUUUCAACACAGAUUCCUCAAUCGGCUGAUGAUCUGCCAGAAAAUAUGCCUUUGCCAGAAUUCGAUGAAACACAUGUUUCUCAAUCAGCUGAUGAUCUGCCUGAAAACAUGCCUUCGGCAGAAUCUAAUGAAACACAGAUUUCCCAACUGACUGAUGAUUUGGUACUAAAUGUUGACCUAGAGAAUAAUGAUCCCAGAAAUUCUCCACAACCCUCGUGCUCAAACAAUUCUACUUCAUAUGUUCAGCCGUUCGUUGAGACAGAUAGAGCGCGAACACCACUUGCCAGUAUCUAUGUUCAAAGCACCGGAUCGCCUCACAUACCGCUUGAAGAUUUAGCUCCCCUACCACGAGCUGAAUGUCUGUCAAGAUCUAACCGUAAAAGGGCAAAAUCUGAUAUUUUGAGUGGGUCGCCAUAUAAGUUGGCUCUCGAGGAGUCCUUGGCUUCAAAGAAAGAACCUAAAAAUGUACUGAAGAUAAAACUAAAGACUGGUCGAAGACCAAAUUCUAAACCUGUUUCUAAAAAAGGCAAACAAAAUUUUAAAGUGCCAAAGAGUAUUCCCAAAAAAAAAGUUUGGAGAUGCCCAGCAUGCACUGAAAUAUACGUAGACCCCCCCGCAGAAGAUUGGAUAGGUUGCUCAAAAUGUUCCGAAUGGUGGCAUGAGGCUUGUACGAAUUACGAGGGUCGAGGAAAUUUUAUUUGCCGCCUCUGCAAGUAAGAAAAAAGUAAUGGAAGAUCUGCGUACUCUUGUCGACGUAUUUGCGUACUCUUAUCCAAUAGUACUUGUAAGAGUACGCAAUUCACAAUUUUGAUUAUUUUGAUUUUUA